AUAUACAUGGAAAGAUAAACACAACAAGGAAAAAAAUAAUAUACCAGAGAUGAUGGGCUAUUUCAUCUCAAUUUUUCUUCUCCCAUACUUGUUCAGUGGUUGGUCUGCCCAAACUUCAGCUGUAAUCACGGGAAGUUCUUCUUCAAUUUCAACAGCAAGCAACAUAUUCUACCUUAAUUCAAGCCUCCCUUCGAUGUGGUACAACAAUAACUCAAAGAAUAUGACUAUCCUUGGGGAUGAUGAAUCAGUGAUAAGAGUAGUCCUCUCAAGCCAAUACGACCGGGGUUAUGUUUGUGGAUUCUACUGCAUAAACAUCUGCUAUGAUUACUUGCUCUCGGUCAUCGUUGUUGGUAUAGGCAAUCCAAGUGUAGUUUGGUCAGCAAACAGAGACCAUCCAGUGCAGGAGAACGCGACCUUACAACUAACAGGAGAUGGAGAUUUGGUGCUACGAAACUCAAAUGGCACCAAGGUGUGGUCAUCCAAUACCACAGGAAAGUCGGUAUUGGGAUUAAAAAUGACUGAAGCAGGAAACUUGGUCCUCUUUAACAACAACGAAGCCAUUGUUUGGCAAUCUUUUGAUCACCCUACUGAUACACUGCUCACUGGGCAGCGCUUAAACGAGGGCCAGAGACUAACUGCGAGUGCCUCUAAAUCCAGUUGGACCCGGGAAUUGUACUAUGCCACGUUAACAUCGACCUCCGGUUUUGCUGCAUACACUGAAGUCCAUCAAGGCCCACCAUUGAUGUAUUAUCAAUUGGUACCUGUUCAGAGUUCACGCAGUAGUGGCAGAUCCAAUUAUGCAGAAUUCCAACUAGGAGGGUUCGUUGUUAACUUGGGAACAUUUCAGCAAAAAUUUGCAAGAUAUGGCUUCAAUCUACCUUAUUCGCACAUUGAUUAUCUAAGACUUGACAGUGAUGGGCAUUUAAAGAUAUACAGACAUGGUGAAGGAAGGGGAUUUUAUGAGGUUCUUGAUUUGGUUAGCGUUGACCUAGGCGUGUGUCAAUAUCCUCGCAGCUGUGGAGAAUAUGGAGUAUGCCAAGAAGGGGAAUGUAGUUGUCCCACAGGCCUAGACAGAGUUCAAUAUUUUGAUCGAAGUCUUCAGUCACCCAGUCAGGGCUGCUCUAGAUUAACCCCUUUGUCUUGCCACCCUUCCCCAGAUCAACACAAACUUGUUGAGGUAAGAAAUGUUACCUUCUUCAAUGUCAUCAAUUCAGUUGCUGCACUUCCAAAUAUCAGAGACAUAAACGGAUGCACGGAGGCUUGCCUGCAAAACUGUUCUUGUGGUGCAGUCUUUUUCAGGUAUUACCACAAUGUUUCAGAUGGGUAUUGUUUUAUGCCACCUGAGAUCUUGUCAAUUAGAGAAGGGAAAAUUCCAAAUUACAAUUUCAUGUCAACCACAUAUAUUAAGGUACAAAUUCCAUACGAGGCACCAAGUCCAUCUCCAAGAAAUCAAACAAAUUUUGCAGCAAUAAUUGCAGGGUCUAGUGCUGGUUCGUCUGUCUUUGUAUGCAUUGUAAUUGCAAUCCUGGUUAUGUGGCAUGAACGAAACAAAGAUGAUGAGGAAGACUAUAUCGGCCAUCUCCCGGGGAUGCCGAAGAGGUUUUCAUUUGAAGAACUACGUGUUGCAACAGAGGAUUUUAAGGAGAGACUUGGUGCCGGAGGAUUUGGGACCGUGUUUAGUGGAACGCUUGGAGAUGGUACUAAGGUUGCAGUGAAGCGGUUGGACAAACUAAGCCAAGCGAUGAAGGAGUUCUUAGCAGAAGUUCAAUCAAUUGGAAGCAUACACCAUUUUAAUCUCGUGCAAUUGAUUGGAUUUUGUGCAGAAAGAUCUUUCAAACUUCUGGUGUACGAAUACAUGAGUAAUGGGUCUUUGGAUAAGUGGAUAUUCAACAAGGAUCAGGGAGCUUGCCUCAAUUGGCAAGCCCGAGAGAAGAUUAUACUUGACAUAGCCAAAGGGUUGGCUUAUUUACAUGAAGAAUGCCGACAGAGGAUUAUUCACCUCGAUAUCAAGCCACAAAACAUUCUGCUAGAUGAAAAUUUCAAUGCUAAAGUCUCUGAUUUCGGAUUAGCUAAGCUUAUAGAUAGGGAUGAGAGCCAAGUUCUAACAACAAUGAGAGGAACUCCAGGGUAUCUUGCUCCUGAAUGGCGACUCCUAAGAAUCACAGUGAAGGUCGACAUCUAUAGCUUUGGGAUUGUUCUUCUCGAAAUAGUUUGCAGGCGAAAAAACUUGGAUUGCCAACGUUCAGAAUCUAGCUCUCAUUUGCUUAAAUUGUUGCAAAAGAAGGCCAAAGAGGACAAACUACUUGAUUUAGUUGAGCAUUUGCAGGAAGGCAUGGAAGAUCAUAGAGAAGAAAUCGUGAGGAUGAUAAAGACUGCAGCAUGGUGCUUGCAAGAUGAUCACACGAGGAGGCCUUCUAUGGCAACAAUAGUGAAGGUCUUGGAAGGGGUAAUGGAGGUGGAUCCAAACAUCAGCUAUAACUUCACUCAUGCAAUGGGAUCUCAAGUUGUAGCAAAGGGUCGUGCUUCUACGCCACCCCAAGCUUCUGUUCUUUCUGGUCCUAGAUGAAAUACAAACAAGUCAUAACUCACUUCCCUGGCAAUGGUCUCAAGGUGUGCAAAACUACUACUAGUUUGGCUCCAGAACUUCUCCUUCUAGCUUUUUAGAGAGUCAUUUAGUACCAUUGUCAAUAUAGUAGUUUUGUCCAAUUCUUACUAAGGGGCUAAUUACAAAAAACCUCCGUGGAUAAACAGUCAAUUGCACACAACCACCUUCAAUGAUUAUGAGUUUCACUAAACCCCUCGUAGUUAAAAACGAAAUGCAAAAUACAAAAAUAAUCUCCUACUGAAGACUGAAGACACUCAUGUAGAUGUAUUUUUACCACACUCUGGCAACCACUCGACCUAGUCACCCUCCACCCCAAGCUCUAGUACUAUAAAGCCCGCUGGUCUAAAAUUAAACCAAGAAUUGAGAAGUUAGAUAAUAAACAAGGAUAGAAAGAGAAACAGACCUGAAUAGGGAGAAAGAGAAAGAGACUUGAAAAGUAAAAAGAUGUAAUCUACUUGGCAUGAUGAUUUGUGUGUUAAUUGUAUGCUCUAAGACCAAUCAUAUAGGUGUUUUGGGGUAGCACU